CCAUGGCCGCCGCAGGCAGGGCACGGGUCGCGCACUUGCUGAAGCAACUGCAGAGUGCCUCAUGCCAGUGCCCAACUCAUUCACAUACUUACUCCCAAGCUCCUGGACUUUCACCUUCUGGGAAGACAACUGAUUAUGCCUUUGAGAUGGCUGUUUCAAAUAUUAGAUAUGGAGCAGGAGUUACAAAAGAAGUGGGCAUGGACCUACAAAACAUGGGUGCUAAAAAUGUUUGCUUGAUGACAGACAAGAACCUCUCCCAGCUCCCACCCGUACAAGUAGUUAUGGAUUCCCUGGUCAAGAAUGGUGUAAACUUCAAGGUCUAUGAUAAUGUGAGGGUGGAACCAACUGAUACAAGCUUCCUGGAAGCAAUUGAAUUUGCCAAAAAGGGAGCUUUUGAUGCCUUCGUGGCUGUGGGUGGUGGCUCCACCAUUGACACCUGUAAAGCUGCUAAUUUGUAUUCCUGCAGCCCUCACUCUCAGUUCUUAGAUUAUGUCAACGCUCCCAUUGGGAAAGGAAAUCCUGUCUCUGUGCCUCUUAAACCUCUGAUUGCAGUCCCAACUACUUCAGGAACCGGGAGUGAAACUACGGGGGUUGCCAUUUUUGACUAUGAACACUUGAAAGUAAAAACUGGCAUUGCUUCACGAGCCAUCAAACCUACACUGGGACUGAUUGACCCUCUACACACCCUCCACAUGCCUGACAGGGUGGUGGCUAACAGUGGCUUCGAUGUGCUUUGCCAUGCCCUGGAGUCCUAUACUGCCCUCCCCUACCACCUGCGGAGCCCUUGCCCUUCCAAUCCCAUCACCCGGCCAGCGUACCAAGGCAGCAACCCAAUCAGUGAUAUUUGGGCAGUACAUGCACUGUGGAUCGUUGCUAAGUAUCUGAAGAGGGCUGUCAGAAAUCCUGAUGAUCUUGAAGCAAGGUCCAAUAUGCACUUGGCAAGUGCCUUUGCUGGUAUUGGCUUUGGAAAUGCUGGUGUUCAUCUGUGCCAUGGAAUGUCCUACCCAAUUUCAGGUUUAGUGAAGACAUAUAAAGCGAAGGAUUACAAUGUGGAUCACCCACUGGUGCCUCAUGGCCUUUCUGUGGUGCUCACUUCCCCAGCAGUGUUCACUUUUACGGCAGAGAUGUUUCCAGAGCGGCACCUGGAGACAGCAGAAAUAUUGGGAGCUGACAUCCGCACUGCCAGGACCCAAGAUGCAGGGCUUGUUUUGGCAGACACACUCCGGAAAUUCUUAUUUGACCUGAAUGUUGACAAUGGCCUAGCUGCCCUUGGCUAUUCCUCAGCCGAUAUCCCUGCACUGGUGAGAGGAACUCUGCCCCAGGAAAGGGUCACCAAGCUUGCACCACGUCCUCAGUCAGAAGAGGAUCUGUCUGCCUUGUUUGAAGCUUCAAUGAAACUGUAUUAAUUUUCAUUUUUACUGAAAGAAUUACCAUUGGCCACCUUAGUUCUGAAAACAGAAGUUCAUCUAGCUAUAGCUUUGUCUUUUCAUCUCUACACAUAACGUGCCUGCUACCAG